GUAGUAGUCGUAAAAUCGUUUUGUGAGGGUGUGAUCUAAAUUUAAUUAUUUGGUGACAUACUUCAAAGAUAUAUCUCAUUGUUAACUCGGAAGGUAUUCGAUGAGACGAUCCAAAAUUCGUCUUAAAGAAAAAAACUCCAGAUAUUAAAUAAUACGGUCUAGAAGUGAUUUGGCUUUGGCCGCAAACGGCAGCGAAAAUUAGCAUAAGAAACCUCGUGAUUGGUUAAAUUUGUUAAUAAAAUGAAGAUUUAUAAAAUGUCCACGUUAAAUUUGAUUAUUAGAAGCUCUAAGACUGCUAAUAAAUUAAAUUUUUCUAAUUAACUAAAUUUGUGAAAAAGUGAGGUUAGUCUUUUUUUGACUUUUUCUAUAGUACUGUGACGUCAUUUCCAAGAAAAACGCUUGUGACUAAUUUUUUGAACAAAACUUAAAUUGGUGCAAAAUUUUCUAGAAUUCGCCAUUUGGUAUUAAAUGUAUUUAUAUUCAACUAUUAUGUAUACAAGUGAUUUUAAUGAAUUUAUAAAGGUAUUUUGUACUAUAAACUUGAACAAAAUUUCUGGAUUUGCACAAAUAAGAUGCACAAUGUGGAAUCUGCAUUUGUUACCUCUAGCAUUGGAUAUCGAGCUAAGAAUGAUCCUGGAGACUGACAUCUGUUUGGUGGAGAACUGUAUCAUGGAUAUGUGACAUUUACUUGAUAUCCAUUACCCCUUGGUUGAAUUAUAAUAUUGAUGUGAAAUGAACCGAAAACCUAGCAACUGAUUAGAUGUUCAGCGUGACAAGGAUCCAGUUAGACGCCAGAAAAUAGUGUGUGAAAAGAAAAAGAAUAGAUAAAUGACUUAAUAAGAAGUGUUGCGAGAUUUGAAGAAGUAAAGGUUGUAACGAGAUUUGACAGUUGACAGUUCCCUAAGUCGACCGGAAUUGAAAAAACUAUAAGAUUAAUUUAUUAAAAUAUAGUGUUCUUAAUUUAUUUUGACUAUUUUAAAUUCGGUGUUAGUAAAAAUUAUCUGUGUGGUAGGAAAGUAUAGUUUAAGAAGAAAAUAUAGUUUACUAAUAGAAAGAGACGAAACUAUGGGUUCUCGAAGUAUUUUUUCAAAAUGUUUUCGGAGCGAGACCGAUGCUGAGGUUGGUAGCAGAUUAGAGCAGAACGAAGGGUUGUUAAGAGGUCCGAAGUCAGAUGAAUUCAAAAUGUACCUCAAUAGAGGCCAAGACGACGAAAUGCAGUUCGUCUGCUACAAGAAAUGCAAAAUUAAGACCGCAUUGACCUACCUAUUUUUCUUGCUGACUGCUGGAAUCUUGAGGCUCGUGUUUCAUUGGAUACCGCAUCUGUAUCUGAAGGCUACUAGCAACAGAUGCAAAAUUGAAGAUGCCGAGAAGAUUCUUAUUAUUGAAGUGUUUAAUAAAAACCACAAAACGUACCACGUACGACCUCUUCAAGUUCUUACACCCGAUAGUGUCGCAAAAAUGAAACAGAAGGAUAAUUUACUAAGACACCAGCCGUCGCCAGAGAGCGACAGCAUUCCUGCUCUCGUCUGUACAUUUUGAAAACGGAAUUUUUAGAGAUGUUGACAGGUUGUUGAUGUUUUCUUGCAAGAAAGUGAUUUACAUUUGGGACAGUGAAAAACAGGAGUUCGUAAAACUCUCUGGCCUAGACAAAGGCGUUCCUACCGAUGUGUUCCACAAGUACAAAGGAUUAACUUCGAGUGAACAUUUUAUGAGGUUGAAAGUUUAUGGCCAAAAUUUAAUCGACAUCAAACAGCAAUCUUUCCUGACCUUAGUGUCGCUAGAGGUGCUGAAUCCCUUUUAUAUUUUCCAACUACUUAGCUUUAUACUCUGGAUGGUUGAUGAUUACUAUUACUACGCAGCUUGCAUCAUGAUACUAACUACUGGCGGUGUCGUUAGUUCAGCUUUGCAGACUAGGAAGAAUCAAAAAAAUUUGAAGUCCACGAUACAUAGUAGUGAUGUUUGUACGGUAUUGCGACGUCUUCCACGGAAAUCCCCCGACGAAAUCGAACAGAGCGAGUAUGAAUCGGAAACUGUUUCGACGGAAUUGUUGGUGCCUGGUGAUAUAAUGGAAAUCCCCGCCCAUGGUUGUAUUAUGCACUGUGAUGCAGUUUUAUUGACUGGAAAUUGUAUUUUAAAUGAGUCGAUGUUGACAGGAGAAUCUGUUCCUGUAACCAAAACCUCUUUGCCGAACAUCGCUGAAAUUGCGUAUGAUCCGAAAGAACAUGCUAGACAUACGCUAUUUUGUGGAACGCACGUUAUCCAAACGAGAUAUUUUGGAAACGAAAAGGUGUUGGCAAUUGUUGUGAGAACGGCAUUUUCGACUUCAAAAGGUAGUUUAGUACGUAGCAUUCUGUACCCUCCUCCGGUUGACUUCCGCUUUGAAAAGGAUUCCUAUAAAUUUGUCACAUUCCUAAUACUUCUCGCAGCUGUUGGAUUUUUAUACACAAUUAUCAGCAAAGCACUGAGAGGAGUUAGUCCCCGCGAUUUCAUUCUCGAAGCACUUGACUUAAUCACAAUAACAGUUCCACCAGCUCUACCUGCAGCUAUGACUGUCGGCCGAUAUUAUGCCCAGAGAAGACUGCAAAAGAAUAAUAUCUUCUGCAUAUCACCAAGAAGCAUCAAUGUAUCUGGAUCUAUCGACUGUGUCUGCUUUGAUAAGACUGGCACUUUAACUGAAGACGGCCUAGACUUAUUGUGUGUAGUUCCUAUAGAAAAUAAUGAUUUUAAGCCACAAAUUGAGAAUGUCGAAUUGCUUACAUACAAUACUUUAUUAUAUGGUUUAGUAUCUUGCCAUUCCUUGACCAUAAUUGACAAACAAAUCGUUGGUGAUCCACUUGACUUAAAGAUGUUUGAAAGUACAAAAUGGGCCAUGGAAGAGCCAGAAGUGGCAGACAACACCAAGUUCAAUAUGAUCUUCCCGACCGUAUUAACACCCCCACAAUAUCGUUCGAACGGCCAAGAAAACAUAGUCGAGGACCUUCAGAUCGGUAUAAUUCGAGAAUUUCCGUUUUCCAGUAGCGCGCAGCGUAUGGGUGUCAUUAUGCGACGUCUAAACGGUACCCACUUCGAAUACUACUGCAAAGGAUCUCCGGAGAUGAUUUUAAAAUUCGCCAAGAAAGAAUCAGUGCCACCUAAUUUUGAAGAAAUAUUAGAAUCUUAUACCCAAGAAGGUUAUAGAGUUAUAGCAAUUGCGCAUAAGGAGUUGAAGUUGAGCUAUACGAAGGUACAAAAAGUCCAAAGGGAGGCUAUCGAAAAAGACCUUAACUUAUUGGGAUUGAUAGUGUUGGAAAACAGACUGAAGCCAUUGACCACUCCCUGUAUUCAGGAUUUAAAUGAUGCAGACAUUAGGAUUAUUAUGGUUACAGGUGACAAUAUUUUAACUGCACUAAGCGUCGCCAAAGACUGCGAGAUCGUGACUCCCGGACAAAGUAUCAUCACCGUUAAUUGCGACAACAGUUACCCUCCAAACCUUGUCUACACUCUGACCAGCAAUAAAGUCAAAUUGCCAACAGACAACAGCCUCAUGUCGUAUUCGGCUAGCAUAAUGAGCCUGGAAACUAUGGAGAGCCAAGUACAAACCAUCACCAACAGUGCAAUAGUUCCCGAUCCCAACUCUAAACGUCCCAGUAUUAUGUUGAACAACUACCGAUUCGCCAUGACUGGAAAGGUCUGGAGCGUCGUAAGGGAUUACUAUCCGGAGUUGAUACCAAGGAUUUGUACUAGAGGUACGAUAUUUGCUAGAAUGGCACCCGAUCAAAAGCAACAGCUUGUUCAAGAGCUGCAAGGGCUAGGGUACUGCGUAGCUAUGUGUGGUGACGGCGCUAACGAUUGCGGUGCCCUUAGAGCUGCCCACACCGGCAUAUCGUUGUCAGAAGCAGAGUCCUCCGUAGCCUCGCCGUUUACUUCUAGAAACCCGAACAUCACUUGUGUACUUAAUGUGAUUAAAGAGGGACGUGCUGCCUUAGUGACCAGUUUCGGUAUAUUCAAGUACAUGGCGGCUUAUUCUUUGUGCCAGCUAAUUUCAGUAAUUAUACUGUACAGUAUAGAGUCUAAUUUGACGGAUAUUGAAUAUUUGUACAUUGAUUUGUUUAUUAUUUCAAUUUUUGCCUUUUUCUUUGGUCGCACAGAGUCGUAUCCGGGGAAAUUGGUAAAAGAGACGCCACUGAGUAGUUUAGUUAGUGUGUCCCCUAUAGUGAGUUUAUUUUUGCAGAUACUUUUAUUGGCUGUAUUUCAGGUAACGGCUUUCGAGCACUUAAAGUCUGAAAGUUGGUAUGUUCCCCUUAACGCCACCUUCAGUGGUGAAGAAGAGAACGUAGCUUGUCUCGAGAAUUACACCAUUUAUACAAUAUCCAGUUUCCAGUACAUUAUUUUAGCUGUCGUUUUCUCAAAAGGUUACCCGUACAGGAAAAGUAUUUUCACCAACUACGGCCUUGUUGCCUCGACGAUAUUUUUGACCGCAUUGUCUGUGUAUUUAGCCCUGAUACCUCACGCACCUAUUGCGCACUUAUUUGAGCUAGUGGUACCCCAAGAUUUUAACUUCAGGUUAUAUCUUGUGAUGUAUGCUGCCAUCAACUUUGUUUUGAGUAUAUUUGCAGAGCAUGUGAUUAUCGAAAAAAUAUUCUUCAAGAGGUUGAGGUUCAAAUUUCACAAUAUCGAUAAAUCGAAGCGCAAAAUAUCUGGCCGUGGAAAGGGACUUGAAGGCAGACCGUAAAUGGCCUGUGCUUACCUCAGACUUUAAAUCCGCCGUCAGUCCUAGUUCACCACAGCCCGUUUGUCCAGCUCAGUUCGUUAUCGAACAAGAGAAUAGAUUCGACAAGAACCAUAUACUUAACAAACUGUACGACGCUUCUGACAACCAAAAGAUACAACAAAGAAGUUUGCCGAAUACGCCAGCGAGGUUAACUAACAACUUCGUCUUUCGUUCACCGAAACAUUUACAGCUUCAAAUGAACGGCACCAACGAGACCGGAUAUUUCAGCCAAGAUGAUUUGUUUUCGAGUUUGCCCUCCGAAAAUCAAACUAGCACACGGUCGGACACAUACAAAAGUAUAAGCGACAACACCAACUAUGAUUUAGCGAGCUCUAACAUCAACAUUCCUGAUUUACCGUUUGACGGGGGCAAUUCUGUACCUACGUCCCCCAUUAAAAACCCCAACACCGUUGUAAACAUUGAGCUAAAUGGAUUAGACGAUCAUAUGAGUGUGAGUGGAAGCCCUCAACACUUGAAUGGAUCGAUAUUUAGCUCCCCUUCGAAAAUGAACGGGAUUAGUUAUUCAAACACACCAACCAACUACUCCGAUAACGGAGCAAGUUCUUUGGAACAUGAUCACAACUUAUCCCAGUUCAAUAAGUUUGGUACUAGUCCUCCACAAAACAUCGAGGGUAAGAAACAUUUAGAAAUGAAUACCUUGGAUACCAACAGGUGAGAUGAGGUUUUCUUUAUAGGUUUUCUGUUGAAAUUUUUUAAAUAUGGUAUAGUUUACAGUUGAUAUAGCUUAUUAGGUGAAUUAUUUAGGCAUUUUUAACAGUAUUAUAUUCAAAUUGAAAUACAACAUACAAAAAAUUAUUUUUAUACGAUUAUCCUAAGUAUUUAUGAUUCAUUUAAUAUAGGUAUACACACACAGAGGGGAUUUUUAAUAGAUUUCACUUCUUACGGUGGUUGUUCUGUCUGGAAUCUGUGAAACAAGAGCGUGUAUAGACAUAAUAUGUUCACCUAACCUAAAAAAAUGACACCUUGAGCUGAAUCAUGGACAUUAAACCGGAAUACAAUAAAUCGACUUGACGCGUUUGAAAUGUGGACAUUUCGAAGAUUGUUAAGGAUUCCAUGGGUAGAUAGAGUCACGAAUGCACAAGUGUUAAGGAGAAUAGGCAGAGAAAAGAAAAUGGAAAAUACAAUAAAAGAAAGGAAAUUGCAAUAUCUCGGACAUGUGAUGAGAGGCGAAAGAUACAACAUCUUGAGACUCUUAAUUCAAGGAAAAAUAGAGGGUAAGAGAAACGUAGGAAGCAGACAUUGAAGAACCUGAGAGAGUGGUUUGGUUACAGCUCAAGGCAAUUGUUCAGAGCAGCUGCCUCGAAGGUCAGAAUAGCCAUGAUGAUUGCCAACCUUCGUCGCGGAACUGGCACUUAAAGAAGUGCCAGUUCCGUGACAUGAUCCGUCCCUCCACAUGACAUGAUUUAAAGAAGAACCUAAAAAAGUGGAAUUGUAGAAAAAUGUACAUACGAACGUAAACUGUUACUGUUUUCACUCGAAAUUAUUUUUAUGCGGGAAAUUAGUACAUUUCUGGUCUGCUUUUAAUCUUCCUCAAUUUCUGGUGGUCAUUUCUGGUCUCCUUUCCAUGUCACUAGUUGUUUCUCCCCUGUUGGUUUUACCAUAUCUUCGUUUUACAGUUUCUAAACGAUCUUUUGUUAUUGCAAGCCUCUUUUCAUCUGUCCUAGUUGGUUUCCCGUGUUCCUUCCAUCAUAUCUUCGUUCUAUUGUCUCUGAACGUUGUUUAUGCCAUAUUUUAGAUAUUUUUAUUAGAUGUUCUCAUCAUGUUUCUUCGAUCUUCGUUUUAAAAUUUCUGAAGUGACAAUUUUAGACCAUCAAUGGGAACCGUGAUGUUUGGAUGGGACGUGACGCGAAGAUUCUGGACGGUGAAAGCUGAAUUCAGGGGAGGUUUACGUGUUGAAAGUAUCCGGAUAUCUUUCGAUCUCAGUGGAAUGUUCAUAAAUUAUUUUCUGAAUUAUUCGCUUGGUUUGACCUAUAUAAAAUCGUCGACAAGAAAUUUAAUAAACUCCAUUUGAAUGUAUCUGAGCUUUGGCAAGACAGAUCAUUUAGAAAUUCCCUUUGUGUGUCUACCUAAAAAAAUCGACACUUGGUAUAUAUCUAAGCAUUUUUAAAAUGUUGUUUGCUACUUUUAAAGUUUAUAGCAGUUUACCAUACACGAAUAUAUGGCUAAGAAUGAACUCGAAUCGCCUUAUACUAUCUUCCGGUAUAUCUUCCCAUGUCUUUAUAUAUAAUUUAAAAAUAACACGUUUGAACAAACUUUAUUGUUUUAUUGCAUCAAUCUGCCGAAUGUCUUUCAAGAUAUACUUGCCACAAAGUGCUUUCAUUUUUUUACUUGCCCCAUUUUAUUUAUGUUAAUAAUUGUCUCGAAAGGGCUCUAUUUUAUUACUCAUGUUUUUUUCAGUUCGUUUAAAUUGUGCACAAGAUUUGAAUGUGAUGCCUCCAUCUUUUUUAUUUAACCGCUUCCAUAGCUAUUAUUGUUUUCGCGGUAACUCUCAAUUUAUAUGCAUAUUUGUACAGUGGCUUUUGUAAAAAAAUAUUAUCAUAGACAUUUUUGGAAAGAUAUCAAUGUACAAAAGAUUUAAUAUUUAUGAUGCGAUAGAUUUUAUUUUUGAAAUGUCUUCCAUCUAUGUAAGAGUAAAUCAGUAAAUAUAUCUAAGUCAUAUUUGUAUCCACUGUUAAUUUUUAAACUAUAUUAGAAUUGUCACAGUUUGUGUAGGUAAAGUACUUAAAUGAAAUAACUUACU